CAAAUAAUGCCGCAAGAUGGCUUUUGCGUGGAGUCGUCUGUAAUUCGGAAAUAUUUUUGGUUGGAAAUUUAAAAUGUUUAAAACCAAAAUACUCGUCGUGGGACCAAGCGCUAGUGGUAAAAGUGUGGUGUGCAAUUUUUUGGCUGAAGCUACAGACAGCUCAACAGGUGAAUAUCAUCCAACGCAGGGAGUGAGAAUAUUGGAAUUUGAAAGUGAUACCAUCAAUGUGAGUGGACGAAUUGUCAAAGCUGAAGUGGAGCUGUGGGAUUGUAGUGGCGAUACCAAGUUUGAAGCAUGUUGGCCUGCUCUGAUGAAAGAUGCUCAUGGAGUGAUAUUUUUAUACAGUUCCGAUCAUCCAAACGUAGAAAAAGAAAUGGACAUGUGGUAUGCCAAUUUCGUCCAGGCACAGAAUCUAAAAGACAACCAGUGCAUCGUGUUUUGUCACCAAAUACCUGGGAAUCCAAAAGGAAGUUUCUCGCAAUUAUCCAGCUUGUUUUCCCAUGUCCACUGGAUACAGACCAAUGUGGAGGAUGACGGAAAUGUUGUCAGACAAGAGUUUAAUAAUUUUCUGGAGAGACUGUUGAGUAACAUCAACGAAAGAAGAGAUCAGGAAGAACUCAGCAUAAUGAAUCACCACUAGACCACAGUAUUUAUAUUGUUUGUUGUAGCAGGUAUUUAUUUUAAUCGAUCAAUCAUUGCAAUUACACAACAAACUGUUAAAAUUUUCAGUUUAAUGCUUAAAUCGAGUGAAAUCUAAUGUGUCAAAAGACAAAAAAAUGAAUUUAAAUAGUUGUAUUUUAUAUUUUUAUAGAUGGCACAAAUUUAUGAUUUAAAUAGUACUUUUUAAACUAAAUCUUGUCAGUAUAAUUCCUUUGGAUAAUACAAUUCAAAAUGAAGCUAUUAAUGAUUGCAAACAGCAAUUACAUUUUUGCAGUUAAGGAAAUUUAGACAAAAUUACUUGACUCAUUUGUUCAAGUUCCAAUUCUUGAUAAAACCAAACAAUAUUUUGCAUUUAUAAUAAUAUAAUAGAAUUUUAAAUACAUAGGUUAUAAAUUAGUUCAUAAAAUUUGAAAACCAAAGGAUUCUUAAUGCAAAUCUAUUGUUGAACAAAAUGUUAAGUCAGUCAAUAUAAUUGUUCUGAAAUUGGAAUUUUUUCAAGUUUUAUAAAAUUUCAAGCAAUUUCAGAAUAAUUUUCUUGGCAACCACUCAUCCUUCACUAUAGACUAUAAUGGAAAUCUGAAUAUCAGGCCUACCAUCAUUCUGCCAGGAAAUAAGGUAAAUAAGAAAUUGCAGUUGCAUAUCCACAUUUCAGCAAAAUUGAACAAUUAAAUCCAUUUGUCCUAUUAGUAAAAUGUCUCAAUACCCAUUUUAGUAAAUUUUUGUUUGCAUUAAAUCUAAAAUGUGGUAUAUGAAUGCAUUUUGGCACCUUACAACAAAUGCAAAACAAAAAUUCUCACAGAAGUCAACUAGAAUGUUGAAUUCAGCCCAGAUUCACAAAAGUGUUGUUAGUUACAAUAUUACAUUCUUGUGAUGUCAUUAAAUACAACAAAUUUACAACAUACUGUAUCUGCAAU